GAGUGCGCGCACAAAACUCAGUCAUUUAGUUUGAAUUCAGAGUUGUUGCAUUGCGGUUCGAAAGCGCGGUCAGUAGUGCAAACGUCAAAAUUUUCGGAAGCUGAAUUUAUUAUCACUUGUGGACGGCAUAUUACUUGACUGGGCAUAUUUUUGCACCGAAAUCAACAUUUUAAUCGUAUUUAAUAAAAGCCGCUGAACUACACCAAAAGACUUAAUCUAUUUGGUUGUAAAAAUGGCCAAUAAACAAUUCACCAUUGACAUUAACAAUUGUGGCUACAUUGAUCCUCAGCUAAAACUGGGUGCCGCCCUAUCAAAUGGUGACAUACGUGAUUUUCGCAUUGCUCUUGAUAUGGGCGCCGACCCCGCCAUACAAGAUGAUAAACAUGUCAGCAUAUUUGAAAAGGCUUUGAAAACGAAUGGAUGCAGUGAAUUUGUUGAAGAAUGUUUACGACGUGGCUGUAAUCCAAACUAUACCAAUCAACACUUAAAUAAAGCCGCAAUCAAUUUCGCAGCAGAUUCUAGAGAUCCGAAAAUAAUUUCAGCAUUACUAAGAUAUAAAGAUGUACAAACGGAUCGAAAAUACUCACAGUUAACUGCUUUAAACUCUCUCGCUAAAAAUAUUUCACCUGAUCACGCCACUGAAGUUGCAGCCUGCAUAAAGAGCUUACUUCAUUAUGGUGCAUCGCCCAACAUACCAGAUCAACGCGAAAUGACCCCGCUGCAUUAUCUACUUAAGAAUCGUAAAGUAAAUGAACAACAGAAGCGCGAAUUAGUGCAAAUAUUUCUAGAACAGAGUAAUUUGGAUAUAGAUAGUUAUCGAGAUGGUGAAGUACGACGCAUACUUAAAGAGGAAUAUCCAGACCUAACACUGCCAGAUGCACGUAGUAAUAUCAACGACAUUAGUUUCGAUUCGUUAUUGACACAUUUGCGCAGUUGUGAUGAGCAAAAAUUCAUACAACAGUUUCAGGAUUAUCAGCUCAAUGUAUCGGGAAAAGAAAACCUUAUAAAUGCUGUACAGGAGCAAAACAUGAUUUUACUCGUAGAAGCUAUAAAACGCGGUUUAAAUGAAGCUUUUGAUGUUUUAUUACAAACUAACCUAAGUAUCAAUCUACUGCAAAAUGGGAAUUCUGCAAUUGAAAUUGCUGCUAUCUGGGGCAACUGGUAUGCUUUGCAGAAGUUAUUGGCUUAUGAACAUUUGAAGCUGCGAAAACAAGAUCAACUGCUCAUCACAAUUAUCAAGAAACUGGACGAAAUUCCUUAUAAUGAUUUUUGUGACUAUAAUAAAUGUUUUUACAUAUUACUCGAUUCAGAACGUGUUGAUGUCAAUGAAAUUGAUGACAGCGGAUCUACACCAUUACAUUAUGCAGUAAAGUACCGAAACCGAAAAGCCAUACAGGAAUUACUUAAGCAUGGUGCUUACAUUGGUAUGAAAAGCCGCUUUUGCGAUCUACCAAUCGAUGGUAUGCAGCCAGAUGUGCUGGAAGAACAUUUAGAUAACUGUAUUACUACUAAUGGACUAAAACCUGGAGAUGAAAAUUUCGAGAUACAAAUGAAUUACAUGAACCUCAUUUUGCAGAAAUCCACUCCAAAUACCAAGAAAGAAAUACAACACAAUUUACGUGAAGAAAUGACACCUAUUGCAUUUAUUGCCGAAUCAAAAGAGCACAGACAUUUACUACAGCAUCCACUUAUCACAAGUUUUCUGUUCCUUAAAUGGCACCGACUUUCCGUUAUAUUUUAUAUAAAUUUUUUGCUAUAUGCUUUCUUCGCAGUUUCAAUAGUUACCCACACAAUACUCAAAUUUCGUGAAAGUGAGCAUGAAACGGUAACCGUAUUAUUUGGACUAUUUGCUUGGAUUGGCAUUGCUUACAUGAUAAUACGAGAAGCAGUGCAAAUAAUUAUGUCUCCAACAAUGUACUUCCGUUCACCAAUAAAUCUAAUGGAAAUUGCUCUCAUUAUUUUAUCGAUAAUGACCUGCACCGAACCAAGCUAUGAUCGAGAAACACAACGUGUAGUUGCUGUAUUCACGAUGCUACUUGUAGCAUUGGAACUUUGUUUGUUGGUCGGUUCUCUUCCAGUCUUGUCAAUAUCCACUCACAUGUUAAUGUUGCGGGCAGUCUCGAAAAGUUUCCUGAAAAGCUUUACUCUGUAUUCCAUUUUUGUUAUAACAUUCAGUUUAUGCUUUUACAUACUUUUCGGUAAGCCCGAACUGGAUGAGAAUGGUUUGCCGAAACCUGAGGCAAGCGAUGAAUUCAACAAAUUUUCAAACCCCUUUGCCGCUAUAAUCAAGACAAUUGUUAUGUUAACUGGCGAAUUCGAUGCUGGCGAUAUUAAUUUCGACACACUAUACAGCUACUUGGUGUUUCUGCUAUUCGUGGUAUUCAUGUCAAUCGUUCUGUUCAAUUUAUUGAAUGGCUUAGCAGUAAGCGAUACACAGGCUAUUAAAGCACAAGCUGAACUGAAUGGUUCAAUAUGCCGGACGAACUUAUUAACUCGUUAUGAAGAAGUUCUAACUGGUCAUUCCGGUCGCACAAGCUUCAUUGUCAACCAUGAACCAUUCCGCACAAUUUGCCGUCGUUUAAUGAAUCUUUAUCCAAACUAUAUAGCGGGUAAACAAAUCGCGAUAUUACCGAAUGACAACAACAAAGUCAUGAUACCAGUAGCUAAUGCCUAUGAACUGAAAGAUGUCAUGAGUCGUAGUAAUGGCAUACGUAACUCAAAGGCUUCCUUUCUGCCGCUCACAACCAACGACAAUGAUCGUCAGAAAAAAUUACUCGACCCACCAGUUCAAUUCCUACCCUGCUGUUGCUCUUGCAUCACAGGCAAAUGCUCAGAAAUGGACAGCCGAACGGUUAAAAUGGCAUUGGCAGUUAUAGAUCAAAAGACAACUGCCCACCGGGACAGACAACGUUUGCAGAAUACAGAAAGGCGCCUACAAAAUAUUGAGCAGAAACUGGAAAAAAUGUUCGAAUUGCUGCAGGACAUACAAGCAAAAUAGACUUAAAUUUUGAACUAUAAAUUGUAUUUUUUACUCAUAAAAAAUAUAUCAAUUUCAAUAUAGUGUGAGUUAUA